ACAACAAUAAUAAACCAUUGCAUAGCUUCAAAAAAAAAUUUGGUCCUGUGCUUACGGCUUACUUAUAGACUCUAGAUCUAGAUCCUCUAGUUACCGAUGUGUGUAUACUAUUUGUUUAGGGGUUAGGAUAUAUUAAAUUCAUUGUUUCAAACGCUUAAUUCUAAUAAAAGAGCGUUUCAAUUUUCUAUGCUAGGACUUUUAAAGAGAAGUCCAUAUCCUGCAUAUCAUUUCAGCUACCCCAGCCAGUUGUCUGAUGUUGACAGAAAAUGGUUGUCAAAAAGUCAGAAUACCAGAACCAGUAUAAGGCAUCCGUUAUUAAGAAGCAUCAAGACGUCUAUUUAGAGAACUUAAGCUUACGCCACCAAAGAAGAGACCAGCAGUUUCUCCACACUCCAAUCUGCUGGGGGGAGACUAGUGAUGAGGAUGAGAUUGUGACAUCUGACAGCAAUGAUGAGGGCAGUGCAGCUCAAGGAAAGAACAAGAAGAAAACAGUGUGUGAGCCUGAAGAACAGUACCAGUCUUUGGCUGAAAUACUUACAGAGUCCAAGGCUAAAUCUGACGCUUUUAAAAAGCUAAAGAAAUGUGAUCAGUAUGAUCUGGAAGUAGACAAAACAUGCUCAGAACACUUGAACAUUGCCAGGACUGAUAUUAAGGAUAUCCCUGAUAAAUCACAAGCUGUCACAGAUCUGGUUAAAGAUGAGAGGAAGAAAUGCCCCCCAGGGAUGGGCCACACAUACGCCCUUACUACAGAGAAACUUCCGGAGGUUUUGUUGUCAGACAAUGAUGAGCCAACACAUGGCGACAUGAAAAAUUCUCAGUUUAAUUUGCGACAGAAAAAUAUCUCACAGAAAAGGAGUAAAGAACCUCUUACCACUAAGAAAGAAAUCUCUACCUUAAGAAACAAACAAUUCAGAAUAGAAAGUCAAGAUGAGGGCAAAUACAGAGAGCACCAGACUGUGGUGCCACCUUUGUCACUGUCGUCCAGGCUACAAGCAGCUGACAGACAGCUUCAGUUGGCUAAGCCUAAACGACCUCGACCCUCGUCAAGGCAGCUCCCAGCUAGCAAACCACCUUUCAUGGCGUACGGUGUUGGGGACAGAGAGGACUCAGUCUCUGUACAUAGAACUCACAAUGUUAGGGCAUUGGCUGAUGUUUAUCCCUUGGCUCUGAAAGCAAAGACAAGACGUGAAGAAGAUCACAAAAAGCACAAGCAGAGAUUGGUGAGCGCUCGCAGUGCUGAGAGUCUGCUGGACAAGUUGAGCGCUCGCAGUGCAUGUGACAAGGGGGACUGGGAGUCUGAGUACAGGCAACAGUUCCAUGGGUAUGAACCUAAAGAGUAUCAACGAGCAGUUUCUUCCCGGGCUGUGAUACCACGAGCCACUCCCAUACAUGCUGUACAUCGAGGUGGUUGCCUUGUGAUUAAUGUUGACUGAAGGAAUCUUGUUUCAUACCCACACAAAAAAAAUUGUACUUAAAACUUAUGCCUCAUUCUACUUGAAAAUAUUCAAGCACAACUCUUAUUUAUUUUGGACCUGUACUUAAAAACUUUUCCUAAUUUCUUGAAAAUUUAAAUAUAUUUUUUUGUCUGAUUUCUAUGGUAAAAAAAUGUCAAUUCCUGUCAAAAUAAGGUGUCAUUUUGAAAUUUUAUUUUUUUAGAAUGUAGAUAUACUUAUUUAUAAGUUACUUUCUAUGGUAGUCAUUCAUUUUACACAUUGUUAAAUGUUUAUUAAUUAAAAAUGUUUACAGACCCUA